AUGGAGCGGAGCAGGUCGGAGGCGGAGCUGCUGCCGCGGACCGCGGUUCCUCCCACCCACCUCCUCCCCGCACGCGUCGCACAUGGAGCGGAGCAGCUUCGUCCGCGCCGCCCCGGACCUCCUCCUCGCGCCACGACCUCGCCCGCGCGCUCUGCCUACCCCAUCUCCUCGUUCUGCCGUGGUGCUGGUCCUGCUCUUUCCUCGCCCCGUCUAUCAACUGUUACAUGGAAUGCCCGCAAGGCAGAGAGGGGAGGUUCUCGUUCUUCAGUACGUGAUAUCAAUCCACUGAGGCGGUGGGUGCAGCUAUUCCCAAAUUAUAUCGGGGGUUUCAGCAGAACCACGUCAAUUGCGCCCGUGCGGGUGAGGGAUCGUAAGAGCCUGGACUCGUGCUAUGAGCCUGGACCGGCUUUUGAGGAGGUCAAAGAAGAAGCCAUGCUUGACAUAUCACCAACAGACUCGACAGAGUUUUGGUUAAUUCAGUGGCCUAAAGACCAGUUAGAUGUUUUGGAUUUUCAUGGCAAAGAGCUUUCUCUCAAGCUGAAUAGUGAUGGAAACUUGGGCAGCUUGGAAAGUUCCUCAGGGAAAUCUUAUGAGCUUGUGAGCUUUGCAGCUCAGAAACCAGAUGCAACUGUCUUCCUGCCUUCAGGGUCAGAAACAAAACCUGUGGGGAAGAUUUCACGGCGAGUCUCCUUAGUUCAUUAUCCUAAACCUGAGGAAUUGGCUAAACCAAGUUUUGGGAGUCUUACUCCUAGCAGUAAGAAAUCUGCAGGUUCUAAGAAGACCAUGUCUCGGUUCAUUAGUGCAUCAAAGAACCGCAGUAGCCAAGGUUCAAGCGCUUUCACUGGGCCAAAGGAGUGCAGAGCCGACACCCAAACACAAGGGGAAGAGAAAGGAUGA